AUGUCCACAAUCGCCCAGCCUCGAGAAAGCUCCGUGAAUGGCCGUCGUGUGCCUUUACUCACAACACCUACUUCCUCAACACGACCGAGUUUAGACCAUUCCCGUUCCACUGAACCGUCUCCCAAUCGAGGACCUUCAAUUGCGAUACCACGGCGUAAUCGUGCCGCUCUACGAGAAUAUUAUAACCUCAAAAAAGGGCAAGAAGCGCCUACUGACGAUGCCGCAUCUGAAGCUUCCUCGGUACACUUCGAUAGUGAAGUGCAAGAAAGCGAAAUGGACAAGGAUGGAUUUGACGGCAAGAAAUACGUGAAAGAGGUUCUGGAAAAGCAAACACUGGGCGAGCUGCUGCGGACUUAUAAUGGAGUUUUGACUGAUAUAAGGGCUCUCGAUGCGGAGAAGAAGGCACUGGUUUAUGAUAAUUACAGCAAGUUGAUCACGGCAACAGAGACAAUCAGAAAGAUGAGGACGAACAUGGACCCGUUGAAUCCAAUGGCUAGUACGCUGGACCCGGCAAUUGCGAGUAUCUAUGAGAGGGCUGAGAAGAUUAAGGGAAAGAGCAGCAUUUCAGAAGAAAAAGAACAUGAAGAAGCUUGUGUUGCGCGUUUUGGAAACACCCGAGAAGUUGAGAACUUUCAUAGCAGAGGGUAA